AUGGGCGUGGAGAAGUCUAGAAGGUCCAUAGCACGACGUAGUCUAGAAGGUCCACCGCAAGGCGACGUGGACUUCCUCCUGGUGAUAGGCGACAAGUCGGAGGCAACACGCGCCCUCUGCACCCUGGAGAAGAUCGAGCAGGUGCCGCACUUCAACUUCUACAAGAGCAUGGAGAAGAUCCACGAGGAGAAGGCCAUCGGCCUCGACCAGCUCGUUGUGCUCGACGUUGGCCUCAAGCACUACGGCCCCUGCGUCAAGGUCUACCCCAUCGUCAUCAAGCUCUCGCGCUCCAUGGAGGACACCGUCAUCUUCGCGCAGUUAAACGACGAUAAGAAUGAUAGCUGCAUGCGGUUCUUGCACGACAUGGUCGUGGUGGAGGGGAGUAUUUGGGCCAAGGUCAAGAAUGGGGGGGAGGGUAUACGCUCUAGGGGCCUCUACUUUAGGGGUGAAUCUGCACCUUAA